AAUUAGCUACAAGUAGACCAACUACAAACAUGGGUACAACUCAUUUAGAUACAACAAGUGUGGAAUUAACAAGUAGCUCAACUACAAGCAUGGUUACAACUGAGUCUGACACCAUAAGUGUAGAUAUUACGAGUGGUGGUCAAGCUACGAACAGUGCUACAAUUCAGCCUUAUACCACAAGUGUGGAUUUAACAAGUGGUGAUUCACCUACAAGCAUUGUUACAACACUGUCUGAUAGAACAAGUAGUGGUAUAACUACAGAAAUGGCUACAACUGAGUCUGAUACAACAAGUGUGGAAUUGAAAAGUAGCUCAACUACAAACAUGGUUACAACUCAGUCUGACACCACAAGUGUGGAUAUUACAAGUGGUGGUCAGGCUACAAACAGUGCUACAAUUCAGUCUUACACCACAAGUGUGGAUUUAAAAAGUGGUGCUUCACCUACAAGCAUUGCUACCACUCAAACUGAUAAAACAAGGAGCGGUAUAACUACAGAAAUGGCUACAACUGAGUCUGAUACAACAAGUGUGGAAUUAACAAGUAGCUCAACUACAAGCAUGGUUACAACUGAGUCUGACACCACAAGUGUGGAUAUUACAAGUGGUGGUCAAAGUACAAAUAUUACUACAUCUCAGCCUAACACAAUAGGUAUGCUUACUUAUCAGUCAGAAACAACAAGUUUGGAAUUAGCUACAAGUAGACCAACUGCAAACAUGGGUACAACUCAGUCAGAUACAACAAGUGUGGAUUUAACAAGUAGCUUAACUACAAGCAUGGUUACAACUCAGUCUGACACCACAAGUGUGGAUAUUACAAGUGGUGGUCAAAGUACAAAUAUUACUACAUCUCAGCCUAACACAAUAGGUAUGCUUACUUAUCAGUCAGAAACAACAAGUUUGGAAUUAGCUACAAGUAGACCAACUGCAAACAUGG